UUGGUAAAACUAUUUCAAGUAUCACUGAAAUGUUAAGUAUAGAAUUUUUUAAUUGAUCAAACAUCUUCUUAGGAUAUUAAUACCCUCCCGACAAAGUUGUUUGUCAUAAUCUGAGCUCGAAACCGCCGCUAGAAAUUGCGUGGUUAGAAACUCAACCAGUAUCAACCGGUUCUGAGGAAAUGUGAAUUCUGAGUACAGCAGAGGACGUGGUAAACAAGGUUCAGUUACUUUUCAAAUGUCGUGUUCAAAUAUUAGGUUUGACUCGACAAAAUGCAGGAAUGUAGAGUAAUAUUGAACAACAAUCACACAAGUAGUGAUCUACGUUUAACUACGGGCUUCAACGUUACUAGGAUAAACCUGGAGAAAAGUUAACCAAUCGAAAGAUGGGAAAACUUAAAUAUAUACAUCUCAUUUUUAUGACAGGAACCGUAGGACUGAUUGUUUUUUCCUUAUCCAGAUGGCGCCCUUCGACCAACGGAAUCAAGCCUGUAUGGUCACAGGUUCCACAAAGUGGAAGAAAAACGGUCCUUCUGUGGACGAGAUAUUUCCACAACAUACACUGGCCUUUACCAAAUCGGAAUGAUGAGAAGUGUAAAUUUAGCUGUCGCGUGACCUCAAAUCGCAAAUAUUUGGCCCAUAGCGACGUAGUUGCGUUUCACUGGCGGGACAUAGAUCUGAACGAUGUCCCUAAAUCUCGAAAACCUGGGCAGAUUUGGGCCAUUUUCAGCCUCGAACCCCCUCCCCAAACUCCACGUGAAAUUCUGGUUUCUUUAAAGGACCACCUGAACUGGACGAUUUCCUAUCGCAGGGAUUCGGAUGUGUUUGUCCCUUACGGAAGAGUCAUAAAACGUAAACAGAAGAAAUACGUGAAACUCGCUAACUUUUUUGAAAAUACCACAUCAGUCAGUUGGGUGGUCAGUAACUGCAAGACAACUGGAGGUCGAGAAGAUUAUGUUAAAGAGCUAAAGAAACACAUAAGUGUAGAUAUCUUUGGUGAGUGUGGAGAUGAAUUGUGUGUUGGUAAGUCUAAUGCGAUGUUUCGAAACUUGUGUUAUAACCACCUGGCGACAAAAUAUAGGUUCUAUCUUUCUUUUGAAAAUUCAAUAUGUAAAGAUUAUGCAACAGAAAAGUUAUAUUUGGCAAUGGAUAGUGGAAUGAUACCAGUAGUUUUUGGUGGUGCAGACUACAAAAACAUAUUACCUUCCGAUUCCUAUAUAGAUGCCUUGAAGUAUUCUCCUGCCAGUCUGGCAAAACAUUUAGUGGAUAUAAGUCAAGAUAAACUGGUUUACCAGAAGUAUUUGAAAUGGAAGGAAAACUAUGAAGUUCAGAAUAGAACAGUGAAGAGUUGGAUAUGCAGCCUAUGUGAAAAACUUCAAGCAGUUAAACUUACGCAGACGUACAAGCCUAAUGAUUUUCUUAAAUGGUGGUUUGAUGACGCUAAAUGCCAAACUUGGAAAAAUGGUGAUGUGAUCGCGUAUCACAAAACCACCAAGGCGAAAAGUGAUGCAUCACUGGAAUGAAAUCUAUAACAUUACAACGAGGAACACUUAAUAACUGGUAUGUUUUAUACAAGUUUCAUCCAUUAAAGAACAAUGUGUUGAUAAAUGGAAGUUCCGAUCCUGUUUUCCAUUUUGAUUUUGUUUUUCCUCAUUUGUAUUGCUCUUGCACUUUUUUUCGUUUUUAUUGUUUUUCUAAUUAAAAUUGGAUUAAAAACUCGGAUAACUUUUAAAAAUCUCUAAACUAUUUAUGAAAUUGUUUAUAUGAAGUUAGCUUUAAUAUUAUUAUGUAAUUAUACCAUGUAAUACAAGCUGUUACAAGACGA